AUGUCCGGAGUUCGCAAGAGAAGGAAAACAGGUUGUUUGACCUGCCGUCAAAGGUACAUUCGAACGCCUUCUCGCGAAAGACGUGCUCACUUGCUAAACUCUUCAAGGCGAAUCAAAUGUGAUGAGCGCAAACCCACAUGUGAGAGAUGCGAGGCAUCAAAUAUCCAUUGUGCCGGGUACGAGCAGAUGCGAUACAUCGAUGUCCGGCAUCGUGCGCCGGCAGAAUCUCCGCAAUACCAGACUCCUUCAGACAGUGCUACUUCAACAAGAUCUCCCUCCCAACCGGUCGCCCACUUUGAACGGGAUGGACUGCCCUUGAUAGCUCUGCCGAACAAUCCGACUCCUGUACAGCGGCCACACUCGAGAGCACGGGAUAUAUUGGCAUACCAUCAGUAUAUCUUCCGCACGGUCCCUGUGUUGUUUCCGGCCUGCUAUUUCCAUUUUUGGAGAGACAUGCUUUGCCAGGAAGCAUGGGAGACCGAGUGUAUCUACGACGCAAUCAUAGCUCUGGGUUCCUUGCACAGAGCGUCCUUGCUUUUGGCACGGUCCGAGGACAACGCUCGGAGCAGAGGAGCCGACACCAAGGUCACGGCGCUACAGACAUACACUAUUGCUAUAGAGGGCCUUUCGAGACAGCUAAAGUCGCAGCCACCGGCACCGGAUGUUUUGGUGGCAGUUCUGCAGCUGCUGGCAUAUUUCGAAUGUUUCAACGGCAAUAUUUCCGCCGCAAUUCGGCACUACCAUAUCGCAAAGUACUUUUAUCUCAGCCUGUCCCUCGAAGAAGGGAAUAUCGACUCACUACUGCCUAUCAAAUCUUCUCUACGGCAUGUGAGUUUCCUCUGCCGCGUUAUGCUUCCCCUGCCCAUCAGCUUGUUUGGCGCCGAGAACUCGUGCAGACUUCACCCAGACGAGAGACGGCGCACCCACUUUCUCGGACGAGACAAGGAUGGGCCGCUAUUGUCCGAGUACAUGCAUCAGCUCCUCGACGUCUUCUCGGCGGAAGAAUUCGUCGCUGAUCUAGUAUGGAAUUCUUUUGUCAAGAACAUCGAAGAUGUUUCGUCGGAAAGGAUCAUGUCUUUCCUGCUUGAAGUAGACGAUUGGAAGAAAAGGUUCAAUGACCCUUCACUGAAGUCGGCGGCUGAGCAAUACCCCUCCGGACUGAGUAGGCGGGAUAUCGACGGGCUCUUGAGCACACAGCUGCAGCAACGUCCGCAACGCACCUAUCAGUACGCGCUGACGGCUGCGCUCUAUCACUUCUGCAUGGCUAGACUUAUGUGGGCGCUGUCUCGCGUUAAUGGCGAUGACGAGGUGUAUGAGCUUUCGGCCUACUUUCACGUCAACGAAGUCGUCCAACUAUCCCAUUGUUAUUCAGACACGACAGGUGUGGGCCAAGGCCGGGAUCAGGAUCACUGGGUCUUUGGAGAGGCCUUGGAAAUCGGCUUCAGCGCCAUGUUGUAUCUCUGUGGGCAAUGCUGUCCGUGUAACCUGUGGAGGGACUUUAUUAUUGAACGCCUGCAGCUGAUCGGCCGCGAGGGCGUGUACAACGGCCCAGCUUUCGCAACGGCGCUGACGAUUCUCCGUGCGUUCGAGCCUGUAUCCAAUACGGCAGCGCCGCACUCAAGCAUGCUCGGUAGGCUUGGUCCCCCCCGGUCGCGGGUCAUACCACUGUUGUUCACCCAAAAGGAUGGCCAGGGUUUCAAACUCUACCUACUUGGUCCUGCGCCCAACAGGAGUGAUCCCGUGCUUGGAGACUACGAGGUGCUCUCCUUAUCCCAGUGGACCACCGACGAACAGGGUGCAAUGCAAGAACCGGUCACCGAAACUUUCGGAGGUAACAAUAAUACUACUCAACCGGCAGGUCCACCAAGGCCCGGUUCUGAGUGGCUGCUCAGCCAGUCUGUCAUCAUCGACUGGAUGGACACCUUCCGAAGUUCCGAGUUCGAUGUCGAGCUGGCCAUACGAGAUCACAUUGACGGAGUGCGGCUAUCCUGA